AUGGCGCAGCCGUCGGUCCUCCGCUUCUCCAAGUGUUUUCCAGGGCGCCGAGUGCUUCUCUGGUGGAGCUGCUCGGGCCACCCCGAGAGGGCAGGGCGCACCUCCUCUCGCUCAGCUGGGCUGACGGGAAGGGCGCGCGGCCGAGGGCGCCUCCCACCUCCCGGUCCGUGGGUUUCUCACCCGGCUGCAACUCCAGCGGGCGCCACUUCCCGGCGCGCCUCCGCCCCGCCCCUCGUGACGCCGCCGCGGGCGGGCCCCGCCAGCCCAGCGCCUCCGAGCCCCGCGCCCGCCACGCCGCCCGCGCCUGCCGCAGCGCGCCGCAGUCCGUCCCCUGCGCGGCGCCGGAGCCAGUGGGCUGCGGCCGCGUCACGUGCCCCCAGCGGCCGAGGAAUUGGUCUGAUCAAUUUCUGUCUGCGUCUGCCUCGGCUGUGCGCCUAUCGAUCCUAUUGGUGUCUGCACSAACCCAGGAGGAGGAAGGUGCACGCUGCAGGUCCUCGGAUUUCGGGUUCCGGUGGUGGUGAAUUCUUUCCAAACAUAAGAGGAAUAAAGAAGUCACCUCCCCAGCUGUCAUCAUCCUCCAACAGAUUGAGCAAGAAUAGUUUGAGCAGUGCAGAAAAGACAGUCCAUCAAACCCUAGAUGAUGGUCGGCCAUGUGAAUUUCUCAAGAAAAGGAAUAGGGUGAAUGAAUGUGAUCAGAAAAGCAGCAGUACAAAUGCUGGCCCAUCGUGGAGCAAAGCCCAACAAUCAAGGAAGUCUUCAGGAAAACGGCAGAGUAAAUCCCAAGGACCCCAUGUUUCCUCCCAGCUGAGAAGCAGCCUCCUGGGGGCCUCCGCUGGAGGCGAGCCCCAGGCCAGCACCCUGGGCUCUAGGUACAGAGAGGCAUCGGAGAGUACACUGUUUCUUCACUUCCAGUCCAUGAAAAUUAUGAAGGAAGACGUGGAGGAGGACAGUGCGAGUGACCUGUCAGAUUCAGAAAGAAUUCCCAUUCCUCCUUCUCCGCUCUCCCCUCCAGAUCUCAAGCUUCGAGCUGAAGAAAUCGAUCCCAUUGACUUUGACCUUCCCCCAGGUCAGGGCCACACCAAGCCGGAGUACCACUAUCCUGACUUCCUUCCGUCCCCUUUCAACUCCUGGGACCUGCGGGAUAUGGCCCUGCUUCUGAAUGCAGAGUGCAGAACCACGGAGGUGCCCCGGGCCGGGGGACUCCUCGGGAAGUACAUCGACAGACUCGUCCAGCUCGAGUGGCUGCAGGACCAGACUGUGCAGUGUGAAAAGGCGAAGGCGGCCAAGGCAAGGCCUCCUGCUGCCCCUGGGACCUUGGGGGCGCUGAAGAGCCCUGGGAGAAGUAAGCUAAUUGCUACUGCCCUGUCCAGGCCACUACCGUACCUGGAAGGGGCUUCAAAGUCAGGCCCUUCACAAAAGAAAGGUCGGCACCAUGGAGAAGUUCACCCUUCCUAUUACACCUUUGAGACUUGCCCCAGGUCCCCGGAUGUGCCGAGUAGCACUAGGUUGUGUUCCCAGAAGCAAACCCCUGAGACAAGGACGGAGGAAAAGAAAAAGAGAUCAAAUAAGAGUAGCAAGCUGCAGGGCUGGGAUUUGCCUUACAGUGACAUCAGCCCCAAGAUGGAAACCAGUGGUAACAUCCGGAUUCCCAGACAGACAGCCAUGAUUAUGGACUCCGCAGACCCCUGCAAGAGCUCCAGAACACCAGCACAUGCACACCUGAAGAAAAAGGGAAAUACAAAUAACUGUGGCCAUGCCACUGUGCCCAGUGAGAAGAAACUCAAAGCAAAUGGAGUAAAACAAAAGACAUACAAAUUAAAAUAAUGAUGAUCUGCAAAGACUAUAGACCUCAAUACUGGAGCUCUUCCAAAAUUACACUUUAUGACUGACGGACAGCAUUUUAUGACUGACAGCCAAGUGGUUGAUUGGCUCUUUAGUCCACCCCACCCCCAGUAGUAUUAUUUUCGGUAGUCUGUGUCUUGCAGUGAGACUUUCUUUGCAUUGACAGUUUUGGGCAUUGAGAACCCUUUAGGUAAAAAUUAACCAAAGUAUGUGCCAUAUAAAGGGAUCACAUGGCAGUACUUGGGAAGAGUCAAGGAAACUUCUGGGUGGGACUGAUAGGUUGGUGCCCCAUUUCCUCUUGCAUGUAAGCGUGUAAAACAGGGCAGACUGUCUGAAAUGAUGUGAAGUCCUAGCAUUUGGAACAAGACGCUCUCCUGCUUUUGCGUAAGCUCUUAAAGCAGAAUUUGUAUUCAUUUUAUUCCCAGAGAAGCCUCAUUCCUUCUGGGUCAGGGAGUACACAGGUUUCUAUUUUGAGCAGUCAUUUGUCACUAAAUUGCUCACUCACUAGAGACAAAGGCAUCUGGAACUUCAGUACUUCUCUCUGACAUGGGAUUAUUUUUUUUUAAAGGAAUCAUUGAAUUUAGAGGCCAUAGUGAAGUCCCAUUUCUGAAUUUUCUAAACAGAUUAAAAAAAUAAUAAUUUGCAGAUUUUCCAGUUGGAAAGCCAGGGGGCUGAAGCUUGAUUUUUAUUGUUUGGUGUGGCACCCAAGGGUUUCUGCUGUGGGAGGCUUCCCUGAAGGGAGUCCCCAGGAACAGCCCCUCUUAGAAGUUGGGAACGAAGGGCCUGCAAUAGCUGAAAAUUCAUGGGACAUGCUGCGUAGCAGUUACUAAAUUACUGACUUGGGACCUAGAUUCUGUUGUCCUUAGUCAAAAAUAAUGAUCUGUUUCAGUUUGUAAGAGCAAGGUUCUACAAUCUAGCCUGGGCGUGGGGGGGGGGGUGGGGAGGCCCCAGGAAGUGCUGGAGGGAGAGUGUAGACGAAGUCACUGGAUGUGUUCUCACCAUCCAGAUCUAGACUUGGUUUCCUGGCUCUUCUACAAGUAUCUUCCUUCUCUGGAGUUAAGUGACAUCUUGUUCCUAUGGUUGUGCUGGGAGCUUUCUGUUGAUGUUUGUAUCUUCAAGACCUUUGGUUGACAGAUUCUUGAUAGUGUGUUUUAAUGACUGGACAGUGGUUGAUUUUAUCCCUUCAAACAAUUACUGUGUUUGGUUUUU